UAGGAGGCAGCAAUGCGCCGGCCUGCAGUUUUAUACAAGGAGGACAGCCAUAGAAGAAGUCGGUCAUUUCCUGUUUGGGUUAAGGCGAAUGGCGCUCAUUUAACCAUAGGUAAAACGUUGCUCCAAAGACGCACACGGCAUGUCGAAAAGGAAAGUGACUUUCGAGGGCUGUGGCGAGGGGCUUGAUUUGGAAGACGAGCUUCCGAAGAAGAAGAUAUGUGAAGAUGCGAGUGGCCCUGGCUCCAGGUUCAAGGGCAAACACUCCCUGGACAGCGAUGAGGAGGAUGAGGGGGAGGAGGAAAGCAGCAAAUAUAACAUACUGGCGAGUGACGAUGUGGAGGGCCAGGAGGACGCCACGAUCGACUGCGAUGAGGGGGUACCCAUCACCCCCUUUAACCUGACAGAGGAGAUGCAAGAGGGGCACUUUGACUCCGAGGGAAACUACUUUGUGAAAAAGGACGAGGAAAUUCGUGACAACUGGCUCGACAACAUUGAUUGGGUGAAGAUCAGAGAGCAGCCGGUCCGGCGGAAGAAGGGGCUAUCGGCCAAGAGGAGGAGGAGGGCGGGGGACGAAGAUGAGGCAGAGGAGGAGAAGCGGCGGGAGGAGCAGCAGGAGGACAGCGAGGAGGAAGUGAAAUCACAACCUGCAGAGGACCCCCUGGCCAAUUACAGCAGAGCGCAGCUGACCGAAGCCGUCGUGGAGCUGUUGUUGCCGGGGGAGACGGUUGCCGGCGGGCUGCGGCGGCUGGGGGGGCUCGGGCGGAAGAAGAUGAAAGGUCGGGGGGAAGGGAAGGAGGCGGGGCCUGACCGGGACGCCGAAAAGCUGGACAGGCUGACGGCCUUGGCGGACAGGCUGGUGGGAAGCGGGGAGUUUGAGAUCUACCAGCAGACUUAUGAAAAACUGAGCUACAGAUUAAAAGGGAUGAGAGGAGAGAGGGAGCAGAGGAGCAAGGCCAACGAAGAGGAAGAUGACCUGGACAUGUUCGCUGACCAGAUCGAUGGCUUGGACAAAGAGAAGUUGCAGGAAGAAGAGAAGGAUUCUGAGAUAUUGAAUGAGGACGUGAUGUGGGAGUACAGGUGGCUGAAUGAGGAGGCCGCAGAGCUAUACGGUCCCUUCAGCAGUCAGCAGAUGCAGGACUGGGUGGAUGAGGGCUACUUCAAAGAAGGAGUAUACUGCAGGAAGGUUGGACAAGGAGGUGCACAGUUCUACAGCUCCAAGAGACUGGAUUUCGACCUUUACAUCUGACACGCUGGCUAGAAAACCUCAAAUCGCAUACACUCAUGCACUCACGCGCACACACACACACACACACACACACACCUUCACAAAACUACAUACACACAGUGCUGUGAAAGAAUACUGUUUGAAAUUUUGUUCUAUGAUACCAUCCUGUUUUUAAAUAAACUAGACUGUCUCAGACCCUA